CUACCAUCCUAGGAAGUUGGCAGGCAACCUUCGAUCUCUCUCGAUCGAGUCUCGAUCAACACAAGAACCGGCAAAUUAGCUUCGGGUUCUUCGUAUACUGUCAUCAUGUCUAGCCUUACGACCAUUAGCAGCGGCGCCAUGGAGGAGUCGCAGGAAGUAGAGGAGCUCGUCGACACAAGGCUGUCCCUCGUGAUCGGCGCCGCGAGCCGUCCGCCGCCGACGGUCCUGGCCCUGCUGCCGGCGACAUCACCGGAGAACGAAGCGGCGGCACGUAGGAAGAGGAAGGGACAAGAGAACGGUGCGGGCGGCGUCGCUGCUACUUCGAGGCAGCAUAGCAAGAGGGCCAAGACGGUGCACGACAGCAGCGACGUCGACGACGACGACGACGACGGAGGGGACGCGGCCCGCAGCGACGGGACGAGGAAGAAGCUCAGGCUCACGGUGGAGCAGGCCGCGCUCUUGGAGGAAAGCUUCCGCGCCCACAACGUCCUCUCUCACGGUGAGAAGCACGAUCUUGCGAGGCAGCUUGGGUUGAAGCCGAGGCAGGUGGAGGUGUGGUUCCAGAACAGGAGGGCGCGGACCAAGCUCAAGCAGACGGAGCUCGACUGCGAGCUGCUGCGCCGGUGGUGCGAGCGCCUCAGCGACGACAACGCGCGGCUCCGGCGAGAGCUCGCCGAGACGCUCUCCUCGUCGCCGGCCUUCUUGUCCAGGCUCACGAUGGCCAACGACAAGGCUGUGUGUUCGUCCUGCAACAAGCUGACCAGCGCCCGGAUGCCGGCAUAAGGGACAGCGAGAUUAUUACUGCCGCCCUGAAAUGCAUGCGUCGAUCAUUUGUUGAAAAAAACAGUGCACUAUAGUCAGUUAGCUUUAUGUUUGUUACCUGCAUGAGCUUCAGGAAACAAGAGGUUUAUAAUACUAGUAUGUACUAGUGUCUAUAGAUUUUUUCUUGGAAGACAAAUUUUGAAAAUUUUGAUAAUGUUUAUAGAAUACCAAGGACGGAGAUAACUAUCUGACGAUCGCUCAG